CAAACGCAGUUGGUUAUUGAGUUGUUGCGCGAAGAAGACGUGAGUUCAAACGUUAUUCAUUCAGUUUUAUUGUAAUUCACGAGAGGGAGAGACAAUUUUUUGGCUGUAACGCAAGAAGUUUAUUCUAGGGCGAACCUAAUUUAAAUAUAUUUUUUUUAAUUAAAAAAAAAGCAAAAGGACACAGCAAAAAUGAGACAGUGUUUAAUUGUGGUUGUUGCAAUUGUUGGAAUCGCCGCCGCCCAGGAAAGCUUCAAAUGCCCAGAUGACUUUGGCUUCUACCCACAUCACACAUCAUGCGACAAAUAUUGGAAAUGCGAUAAUAAUGUCGCCGAGCUCAAAACAUGCGGAAAUGGCUUAGCCUUCGAUGCAUCUGAUUCAAAGUACCUGACAGAAAAUUGCGACUACAUUCACAAUGUCGAUUGCGGCGACCGCACCCAACUCGAACCACCAAUUGGUACACACCACUGCCCACGGUUGUACGGUAUCUUUGCCGAUGAGAACAAAUGCGAUGUGUUCUGGAACUGCUGGAACGGCGAAGCUUCAAGAUACCAGUGCUCACCUGGUCUUGCCUACGAUCGCGAGGCCCGUGUCUGUAUGUGGGCUGACCAAGUGCCAGAGUGCAAAAACGAGGAAGUUGCCAACGGAUUUGCUUGCCCUGCCCCGGGUGAAAUUACAAAUUCCGGUACAUUCUCGAGACACGCUCACCCUGAUGAUUGCCGCAAGUACUACAUCUGCCUCGAGGGUGUUGCCCGCGAAUACGGAUGUCCAAUUGGUACUGUCUUCAAGAUUGGUGAUGCCGAUGGCACUGGCAACUGCGAGGAUCCCGAAGAAGUUCCCGGAUGUGAAGAUUAUUAUGGCGAUCUGGACUUGAAGAGCAUCCGCAAGAGUGAAUUGCUGGCCGGACUCAAUCAAGAUGGACCACGUCCAGCUGCUAAGACUAACAGCAAGCCACGCCCACAAGGACUCAAGGAGGCUUAAGUGCCUCCAUCAGGCACCCCCAAAAUUUUUCAACCACCUUCUUACAAACUUUUCCCUCCUUUCUUCUCCCUUUCUCAUGCCUUUCAAAACUCAAAAAAAAUUCAAAUCUCUUCUCCUGAUACCUUCCCCUAAAUUUCUUUCCCUCCUUACAAAUUUCUAGGGAUGUCCACAGACAAUAAAAGAAGCAACUUUUGCGUUUUGAUUGUUGAAAUUGGAGAAUUGUCACCAAUUGGAUAAAAAAAAAACAAAAAACAUAUUUUCUUACAUUUAAUUUUAAGUCUCAAUGAAAAAAAAUGUAAUGGAAAUUUUAAUUUAACAUGAAUCAACGUUAAUAAGAACACAAACUUAUAGACUGUUUUUUUUAUAAUAAAUCUUAGAUCUUUAAUUUUUUUUAUUGAAGAACAUUUUGUUAGAGAAAAAUUCGCAUAAAAAGUAAUUGUAGAGCAAGAAAAAAAAUUCACAAAAUGUCAAUUUAGUUGCAGAAAAAAAUUCUAUAAUACUCGAAAAUACACAAAAAAUACUUUGAUGACACUCAACACUUGUGAGAUACCUAUUUAAAGUCGAAAAAACAUAUUUUAAUUAAUUUUAUUUAUUGAUUACUUUUUCCUUCCUCUUUUUUUUAAAUUGGAACUUUUUUUUUAAACUCAAAAACAAAAGAAGAAAUUUCUCAUUUCAAUCCAUGAAACAUUUUUUGUGAAAAUGUAGACAAAAAAAAUUGGUGAAAAAUAAAUAAAAGAAAAAAGAAAAAAUAAACAUCACUGUUGAACAAGAGACACAGAGACGAGUAUGAAGAAAAAGUUUAGUUGGUAGACAAUACACUAUACACAAUAAACACAGUUUUUUUUUUAAAUAAUUGAUCAGUAACACUUUUACACGUGAUUCAGAGACACAAAAAGACCCUGAACAUACUUGAGAUGGAAAUUGAAAAAAAUAAAGAAGAAAAUACACUAAAACAAUGAUGGAGAAUUGCAUUGGAAAAAAAAGUCGUACAUGAUAAUAUUUUAAUUAAUAAACAAAAAAAACAAAAUAAAUAAAACAUCUCGAA